CAGCACCGAAGGAUUCGGGCCCCAACACUCAAAGGUCCUCGGGCACUCCUCUAAUCUCAGGCCCCAGCACAAGGAUUCUUGUAGGAGGAGAUGAAGGGUCCCGAGAAAGUGCAUGUUUCGGCGAUGUAUAAAGCCUGUCAACUCGAUUUACUCAACGACUUGCCGUAAAACCUAGCAACUUGAAGCAACUUCCAUCUUGUUUAUCUUCCACAAUGAACGUGAUAUUGUUGCUGUUUACGGUCGCGGCGACCGCAUUGGCCGCUACUCCAGCUGAUUGGCGCUCCCGUUCCAUAUAUUUCCUGCUGACCGAUCGAUUCGCUCGUACAGACAAUUCCACCACUGCUACUUGCGAUACACGAGUUGGGAAAUACUGCGGUGGGACAUGGCGCGGCAUCAUCAAUCAGCUCGACUACAUCCAGGGAAUGGGCUUCUCAGCCAUUUGGAUUACCCCCGUCACAGCGCAGCUUCCACAAGACACUCCCUAUGGUCAGGCGUAUCAUGGAUACUGGCAACAGGACGCAUACUCGCUCAAUCCUCACUAUGGGACUGCGGAUGACCUCAAAUCUCUGGCCUCAGCCCUUCACGCGCGGGGCAUGUAUCUCAUGGUCGAUGUCGUCGCCAAUCACAUGGGCUACGAUGGGGCAAGCAACUCAGUCGAUUAUAGCUUUUUCAACCCUUUCAACAAGCAAGAGUACUUCCAUUCCUAUUGUCCCAUCACCGACUAUGACAACCAAACCAAUGUCCAAGACUGCUGGCUGGGAGACAACAAGGUUUCACUACCUGAUCUUGACACAACCCGCAGUGAUGUGCAAGUGAUGUGGUAUGACUGGGUUAAGUCAUUCGUGUCAAACUACUCCAUCGAUGGUCUUCGUAUUGACACCGUCAGACACGUCCAGAAAGAGUUCUGGCCCGGCUACAAUGAAGCCGCGGGCGUCUAUUGCAUCGGAGAAGUUCUCGAUGGAGAUGCUUCGUACACUUGCCCAUACCAAAAGUAUCUUGACGGGGUACUGAACUAUCCUAUGUACUAUCCUCUCCUACGAGCAUUCAAGUCGACCAGCGGUAGCAUGGGCGAUCUAUACCACAUGAUAAACACGGUCAAAGACAAUUGUCCGGACUCUACUCUGUUAGGAACAUUCAUUGAGAAUCACGACAACCCGCGUUUCGCCUCCUACACGAAGGACAUGUCUCUCGCCAAGAACGUGGCCGCAUUCUCCAUCCUCGCUGACGGAAUUCCCAUCAUUUACGCCGGCCAGGAACAGCACUACAGUGGCGGCAGCGACCCUUUCAACCGCGAAGCCACCUGGUUGUCAGGCUAUUCCACCAGCAGCCCACUAUACAAGUUACUUGCGCGGGCCAACAAGAUCCGUAGCCACGCGAUCCGGCAAGAUGCGAAGUAUUUGACUUAUAAGAACUAUCCCAUCUACAGCGACACCACCACUUUAGCCAUGCGAAAGGGGUUCAAUGGCACCCAACUCAUUACGGUGCUCUCCAACUUGGGCAGCGGGGGCAAGGCAUACACCCUCUCCUUGAUGGGAACGGGCUAUCGAGCUGGCACCAGAGUCACCGAGGUUUUUACCUGCACCACCCUGACAGUUAACGCAGAUGGCUCGGUUCCCGUGCCGAUGGCGAGUGGGCUACCGAGGGUGUUGUUCCCUACAGGCAAGUUGAGCGGAAGCGCGAUCUGUAUCUAGGCCCCAUCGAUUACCUCUCUUCCUU